CUGUACCUGGUGUUUUCCUGCAGAUUUAACCGGUCAAACCGUUCAACUGCUUACACGAAAGCGCCCUGAAUUUUCAAAGGCAUGUACACUUGAUGACCUUCACCUACGAGUUCUCGUUCGUUAUUUCCGGUAUAAGGAGACAUAAGAGAUGUAUGAAAAAGUUUGGAAAUAUGUAAAUUCAGCCGUUUUUAUCAAUUUUGAAAUACGUUUUAGCGUUUUAUCCAUUUUUAACAAGUUUCUGACGUUGGAUUAGUUUCGCAUCAGGUUUGUGAAUCAUUUACGAUCUGUUUGAGAGGAUGCACUGGAACUUGUUGCCAGGAAAAAGGACUUGACAGUUUGUUAAAGAGUGGGUAAUACACACACCUACAAAUCAGCCAUGAUGAGUGAUGGGGAAUUACAAGUCCAGGCCAACAAUCUCUUGUGCAGACGAACUGAAAAAGAAGAUAAGUGAAAGUUACUCAAUAUUUAGAUCAAAAAUAAUUGAAGAACUUCGUCCGAAUGAAAAGGAUUGGACAGAGUUGCAGUUAGCAUGUGGAAGAGGAGAGUACACCACUGUAGCUGACUUGUUAACAGACGAGAAUAUAGAGGAAAGAACAGAUACUGGUUUAACAUUGCUUCACAUAGCAUGUAUAUUUGGGGGAAGUGAAAGCCUUAUAGAUUUACUGCUGAAGAAAAAUGUGAAAAGUUCCGACCUCAGUAAAAACCAGUUUUCUGCUCUUCACUUAGCUACAUAUAAGGGGGAUACAGAAUGUGUGCAGUACUUGUUGGACCAUGAUAAAGUCGAUGUGAACUUGGCAGGAAACAGUGGUGCCACACCUCUUCACAUUGCUGCUAAAUGUGGUCAUGCAGAGAUCACCAGUGCUCUGCUAGAGAGUGGAGCCAAAGUCAAUGUGGAGGAUGCAGUCAAGUUUUCACCAUUACAUGUGGCCUGUAACUUUGGCCAGGAAAGGGUGGUUGAACUGCUGAUUUCCCAUGGUGCCGAUGUCAACAUAUCCGGAGGAGUUGGUGACAGACCUCUACAUCUGGCUUGUGCCAAGGGUCACCUUCAUAUCACCAAACUGCUAGUAGAGGGUACCACCCAGCAAAAAGCUGAUGUCAAUGUUACAGAUGAUGAACAGCACCGACCAAUCCAUUUCUGUUGCAAGUCCGGUCACUUGGCUGUUCUGUACUAUCUGCUGGAAAACAAGGCUGAGCCACAUGCUAGAAACAUCUAUGGAGAUACACCUCUUCAUUUAGCUUGCUACAAUGCCAAGGUAGAAGUGGUCAAGCAACUGGUAGCACUGACCAGUGCGGAGAGUCUGACUGUAGAGAAUAUUUUCAGUGAGUUUCCUCUACACAGUGCUUGUACAAGUGGUCGCAGUCUCGAACUGAUCAAAUAUCUUUUGGAGCAGUCAAGCGUGAAUAUCAACCAGCAGGGAAGAGAUGGACACACAGGUUUACACAGUGCCUGUUACCAUGGUCACAUCCGUGUUGUUCAGUUUUUAUUGGAGUGCCGGGCCGAUAUGAAUCUUGUUGCCACCAUGACUGACCAGACCUCAGGCAGUGAGAAGGUGGAGGAGCAAACAGCACUGAUGUGGGCGUACGAACAAGGACAUGAUGACAUAGUGACACUUCUGAAACACCAUAAACGGCCCCAGGAUGAAUCUGCUUGUGGGGACUACUCUCAGCCAGGGCAGGAAGGCUCAUAUGUGUCUGUCCCCUCCCCUCUGGGUAAACUCAAAAGUAUAACACGAGAAAAAAUUGAUGUACUUCAGCUGAGAUCUACUCUACCUCGUCACUACCACUUAAAUAUCAGUGACCUUGACUUUGAGGAAGUUAUUGGCAGUGGGUCAUUUGGCAAAGUGUUCAAAGGACGUUAUGAUGGAAAAGUUGUAGCCAUAAAAAGGUACAGAGCUAAUUCCUUUGGUGCUAAAUCUGAUGUGGACAUGUUCUGUAGAGAAGUAGCCAUACUGUCCAAGCUUAAUAGUCCCUAUGUGAUCAACUUUGUAGGAGCUUGCUUAGAUGAUCCAAGUCAAUUUGCCAUUGUUACACAGUUUGUGUCUGGUGGCUCCCUCUUCAGUAUACUUCAUGAACAAAAAAGAGUUAUAGAUCUGCAUUCCAAACUGAGCAUAGCAGUGGACAUUGCCAAAGGAAUGGCAUAUCUACAUACACUGCCUCAGCCAAUCAUACACCGAGAUCUCAACAGCCACAAUGUUUUACUGGACGAAAAUGGACAUGCACUUGUGGCUGAUUUUGGGGAAUCAAGAUUUUUACGAUCUCUGGAGGACAACAUGACAAAACAACCAGGUAACCUGCGCUGGAUGGCUCCAGAGAUAUUUACUCAGUGUACCAAGUACAGUAUAAAGGCUGAUAUGUUCAGUUACUCCCUCUGUCUGUGGGAGCUGCUUGCAGGGGAACUACCAUUUGGUCAUCUCAAACCAGCUGCUGCUGCUGCGGAAAUGGCCUACCACAAUACUCGGCCUCCAAUAGCACUAACUUUCCCUAAACCACUGGUAGCUAUCCUCCAGCGUGGUUGGAAUGCAUCGGCUGAGGAUAGGCCAGAGUUUAAAGAGAUUGUGACUAUUCUUGAGGAAUGUAAACAGUCUCAAGGUGCUGCUCUCCUAAGUAAUUCACCAAUCAGUGUUUCCCUCGUGUCCCGGCUCUCUCCUAUCAGGGAUGAGGAAGAAGGGGAGGAAGGUCGGGAUACCCCACCCCUUGCUGGUCAUGUGACAGCCCUCAGGACACACUGGGAACAAGAGGCCACUAGGCACAGUGCUGUUCCAGAUGAUGAGUUGAGACGUCGCCUACAGUAUCCACAGAUAGAUAAGAAUGGUUAUGUGUCAGACCCAUUGAGUACACUACAAAUCCCAGUGACUAUCGCCCCACCAGCAGAUCCACCACUGAAGCCGGAUUUUGACUCUAUAUUAACUCCACCUGUCCUCAAUGUCAGAAAUGGGUUCAGGUCUCAGUCCCCAGCCAGUAGUUCAUCUUCCAUCAAUGACAGCAAUUCCUGAAUACUUCCCAGUAGUCCAUUAGGCAUGUUCAGAGGAAGCUUUUGCAUUGUGGAAAAUAAUCAGCAUGUAUAAAGAUGACCUUUUAGUUCACAUUGUUCAAGUCUACAGCUUCCUUUAAAUAUAUAUCAAAUGUAAUGAAUGUAUUUGUAUGUAAAAUCCUUACAAAGAGAUUGAUUUCAUAUAAAACAAUAUAAGCUUACACUAAGAAGUUCAGAGUAUAAGUCAAGUCAUCUUACCAGAUUUGACAAGUGGGAAAUCCCCGAGCUACUGGAUCCUACGCAUUCGUCACAUACAAAGUCUUUAACCAAGGCUUAAGUUCAAGAAUGAUUGCAUGUAUCUGAGAAUGGAGCUCAUGUAUGACUGUACACAUCCAAGAUUGGAGCUCAGGUAUGACUGUAUACAUCUGAGAUUGGAGCUCAGGUAUGACUGUAUACAUCUGAGAUUGUAGCUCAGGUAUGACUGUAUACAUCUGAGAUUGGAGCUCAGGUAUGACUGUAUACAUCUGAGAUUGGAGCUCAGGUAUGACUGUAUACAUCUGAGAUUGGAGCUCAUGUAUGACUGUAUAUGUCUGAGAUUGGAGCUCAUGUAUGAUUGUAUACGUCUGAGAUUUGAGUUCAGGUAUGACUGUAUACAUCUGAGAUUGGAGCUCAGGUAUGACUGUAUACAUCUGAGAUUGGAGCUCAUGUAUGACUGUAUAUGUCUGAGAUUGGAGCUCAGGUAUGAGUGUAUACAUCUGAGAUUGGAGUUCAGGUAUGACUGUAUACGUCUGAGAUUGGAGCUCAGGUAUGAGUGUAUACGUCUGAGAUUGGAGCUCAGGUAUGACUGUAUACAUCUGAGAUUGUAGAUCAGGUAUGACUGUACAUGUCUGAGAUUGGAGCUCUGGUAUGAGUGUAUACGUCUGAGAUUGGAGCUCAGGUAUGAGUGUAUACGUCUGAGAUUGUAGCUCUGGUAUGACUGUAUACGUCUGAGAUUGUAGCUCAAGUAUGACUGUAUAUGUCUGAGAUUGUAGCUCAGGUGAACUGUAUACGUCGUGCUCAUUUAUAACCAGAGAUAUAUAUAUCCCUGGGUUUGAUAUUCUUUAAUCAUUAUAUCUGUUGACCUAUCUUUGUUACCUUUCAUGUGCCAAAACUAUUGUUGUAUUUUUACAUAGGUAUUUUCUCAUUAAUGCAGUAGGUAUUUAAUAGCAUUUAGUUUCAAUCUUGGUUGGUCUUAUCACCAGAGUGGACAAUGGCUUUUUUAAUGAUGUUCAUCAUUUAGGUGUUUUCAGUACUGCACUUUCUAUGAAAACAAAAUUGAAUUUUGAGUUUACAAUUGGUUGUGUUAUUAAUUAAAAAGCUUGUUGGAAGAUAAAAGCGCGGUCCCUAAACCAAUACAUAAUUAAUGUAUUCUUUGUUGUUGUUUUUUAUACGCCCGUCGAAAGGGGCGGCCCCACAUAGGUUUCCAUUCGAUAACUUAAAUAGCUUCUUACAGAUUAAUUUGAAACUUCACAUGAAGCUUUAUUACCAUAAAAGCCAAGUCAAGUUCGAUAAUCAACAUUUUUCGCUCAUUAUUUACAGAGUUAUGACCCUUGGUAUAUUUGCAAAAUAGGUUUCACCUCAAUAACUUGAGUAAUUUUUCAUUUAUCAAUUGUAAACUUCAUAUUCUUCUUGUUGUUUUUUUUUUUUUUUGCGAUGGAUGAGUCAAAUGACAUUGAUAUAUGAGAAAAAUACCUUGCAAAAUUGAUUUGAUUGUCUAAAAUGUUUAAUUGAAUUUUUGCUGUUACAAUCAGAAUGUGAAGGAAGAAAGAUUGUGAUGACCUGGAACGGCAUGUGAGAAUGAGAAUUACGGCUUUGUAUGGUGUAUGGGAAUUUGAGAAUGGAAUGUGGGAAUUUGGUAAUGUAUGAUGCGUGAGAAUGAAUUACUGUAUGGUGUGCGAGAAAGUGCUCUUGAAUAUAUGGCAUGUGAAAAUAUUAUCUUGUGUAUCCUCAAUACUCCAGAGGUUAUGAUCACUUUUGCUAUCAGCACUCCUGGAACAUGUCAUGGCAAAAUUAAAGACAGAAGUCAAGUAAUUUUGAAUGGUUCCAGGAGAAAACCAUUGACCAUUCACUGCAGGCUGAUAUGCUCCUUUUGAUGAUUACAAAGGAGCUAUACCCUACUUCAGAACCAUUACAAUAUACCUUAUGUGACCUCGGAAUUCAUUUGAUGUACAUGAAAGCAUCAAACUAGUCUUUUCGUCUUCUGGAGCCUUCAAUUUUGCCAUGACAUGUUUCAGGGGUGCAGAGAGCAAGAGUGAUCGAGAGUGAUUGUAACCCCUGGACUAUAGAGGGUGGGUCUUUUGUGGUAUAUGAGAUUGCGGUCUUUUUACAGCAUGUUAGAGUGUGUUCUUGUUUCUAGUGCGAGGUUAUGGUGUUUGUAGUCUUAUUUGACCUGUGAGAGGUGACCUUGCAUGGCAUGUGAGAAUUUAUAGAUCUUGAAUGAGGUGUCAGUUUCAGAUCUUGCAUGGCAUGUGCAAUAUGUUUUAUUUGAUGUUUCGUUUUGUCUAUAUUUACAGUAAGAAUAAAUUUUAUUAAACUAUGCAUGCUGUCGUUUAAUUUUUGUGUACAUUUAUCAAAAGUGCCUUGUACUUUAAAAAAAAUGUUUGAACUGAUUUUUUCUACCGUAUUGUGAUAAAAUUAGAGGAAUGUGAUGUGUUAAUCAAUGGUUAACAGGAAGUACUACCAUGUCUAAUGUGAAAUAUACCACUUAUACUCAUAAUAAAAUGCAAAUUUCUCUACAACAUGUAAAUCUGUAGUGUUGAGGUAUAACUUGUACCUGCCACCAAAAAACUAACAGAAAAUUUAUACUGUUUGUGCUAUUUGAACCUUUACAUGGAUAUUACCAUCUUGUAAUUAAUGUUUUACAGCUGAAAAAAUGGACUAUAGAUGAUAGAAUACAAGAGAGUGCAUGGAAUAUCUAUUUUGUUACACAUUGAAUGAGAGAAAAUGUAUUCACAAUAAAAGUGAAGUUUACUUCCAAA